CAUCAUAAGGAAGCACUGUGGCGUGUGGCCGCCAACGCUUGCUGGGCGUUUCCACGGCAUGCUAGCGAGCGGGCGCGAGGCGUUACUGUUGACCCGUGUUGGGCGUGUGGGGUUGACAUGCAGGAUGGGGACCGGCGUCACUGGUUUUGGGACUGCACUGUUGCGCUGUCACUUCGGGAAAGUAUGGGGCUGGCUAUGGGUUUCCUGCCGGAGGAGGCUCUAAGUGCCUUCUCUCGUGAGGAGUUGUGGCCAAAGGGUUGGGACGCUGUGCCGUUUGCGCAUCCCUUCAUGUCUCGGGCUGUUGCUGACGGCAUGGUUUUGCGCUUGCCGUAUGACGCUGAUUCCCCGCCCCCCUCGCCGUGAGAGGUUGUGCGUGGUUGGUGGCUCUGUGUGUGGGAAGGAUGCACGUGUGGGCGACCGUUCUAGUACCUGGACGCUUGCGCCCUGGUUAGUGCGUGCGCUGUGCGUGUGUCCUGUGGCCUCGACGUUUCCCGGCACUCCUGUGCCUAGGCUUGUGGCGUUGAGGCACAGCGGUGGGGCUCUGGCGGGUUGAGGCUUGGCUAGGACUCACUGUGCGCGGAGUCACACGGACUUUGCCCGCGGGAGGGUUUGCAGCAAAGUCGGGGUUGGUGGAGUCAAGUUGGGCCCUGAUAGCAUGUGAUGGCUCGGCGUCUUCGGGUGCUGGGACUGUCCCCUCUGUAACAUCCGCAUCCU